UAUUAUACCAUGCCGUUCUUAGCUAUAUAAAAGCUCAUCGAUGCAACAACGAAGUUACAUUCAAUCCAAAAUGAAGUUUCCAAUUGCACUUGUAGGCAUAUUGAUAUCAUUAUGUGCCAGUACGAUCAGCAAGCGCAAUUAUGACGUCGAAAUUGUGUCUAUAGCUGCAAACUCUACGGAUGAAAGCAAAGGAAAAAUAGAUCUACGUGUCGAACGAAUCUCUCGUGGCGAAACUGUUCUAAAUGGAACUUGGGAUUGGCAAUAUGAUAUAGACGAUACUACCAUGUUGGAAACGAUCAUUUAUAGUUCUACCAGUGGAUCUGAGAAUGACUAUAAAGUGCUACCAUAUAGUAUACCAUCGAUCACAUUUAACGAAUUUUUGGAGAAGCACUACAAUGAAAUUAUAUAUGCGAAUUUUAGAAACUGCUCAAACUUAGCACUUUUCAAAAACAGAUUGGAAACCCCUUGGAAAAAAGCAACUUAUACAUUCAAUCUAUGUCGGCCGAAGGGGGAUGGCUCACCGGAUGUUCUUCCCGAUGGCUUCUAUAAAAUAUUUGUUCGGAUUAACGGCGAAAUCGAGGUCAUUUUGAUUGCUGUUUUCAAAGUUUUUCGGGUAUUUUAUUGAACAAGAUCGUUCCCCUAGAUUUAUUUUAAGUUUUUCCUCAA